AUGACAAGGUCUAUGCGGGCGGCGGCGGCGGCGAUGGCAGGGGUUCUGCUCAUGGUGCUGGCGACACAGUGGGAGGGAUGGCAGGCAGAGGAUGAAGAGAAGCUCGUGCGAGCUGACGUGCCAGAGGCGUCAAGGAAGGUGAAGCUCUCGCAGUCACACUUCCACUUCGAGCCUGCAGACCCUCGAGCGAUGGAGAAGGAGGAGCGGAGAGCGGAACUUGACAAGAUCCACAAGGGUUUCCUCCCUGAUCCCUACAAGCUUGGAGUGCAUGUAGAGAUCUCUACAAAAUCCACCGUGACAAGUACCUCGACUCUCGCCGAUGAGCUGAGGGACGUGACUUCGGCAGAGGAUGGCUCGCUUGAGCAACAGCUCAAGGUCAACGGGAUGCCAAUCCAUGUAGAUCUACGAGGCGACGUGAAGGAGACGAGAGGAGGCGAUGCAGCAGAUGACAGUGAGGGAGAAAUAUCAGCUGUUAUAUGGAUCACUGGCAAGACAGAAACUACCUUCUCUCGGGCAUCGGCCGAUACGUUUCAACGUUCCCUCGCCGAAGUUCUGCACAUCAACCCCGAAGACAUCAAGUUGUCCCUCUCAGACAUCACAAAGAGAGCUAGUGAUGCUACAGCCUCGUCCGAUUCAAGGACAGAACCAACAAAAGGGACUGUCCAGGGCGGGAAGGAGUCAUCGGGGACAGGAGAGGGCGGGAAGGAGUCAUCGGGGACAGGAAAAGGCGGGGAGGAUGAUGAUGAAAGCUCUCAGUCGGGUAACUCAACGUGUGAUGGUUGUGAAGGAUGGAGCAUGGAUGAGACCAUGGAAAUGUUUGAAGACGCUCAGAGGAGAAUCAAACGACUGAAGUCUGUGAUGAACCUGCGACCGGAGCUAAACAAAGUCCGUCUGCUCACCAUUUCGAAACUCUCAAAGAGGGUGAAGGAGAACGCAGUCUUUGAGUUGGAAUUCCUGAAGCAAAGCGUUCGCUUGUUGGAGACGAGAUACGAAGACGCAGUUGCCAACGUCACGGGGAUGAUCCAUCCGCUGAUGCCCAACGCCAUGAGGCUGAGAGACGAGCUGGUGCAUGCGAGGUUUGCCACUGACAUGCAGAUCAUAGCCCUUGACAAGACGAUGAAUGCGACGACGUCGGCCCUCGGAAGGUUCCUGUGGCUCAAGAGAGUCCUUGAGGAACACUUGCAGCUGAUUGAAGACGCGAAGCUCAGGUGGCAAAACUGGUACGUGAAGCUCCAGGUGGACGCGAACUCGUCGCUGGACUUCAAUGUGUCGAAGGAGCGGGAGGUGGAAGCAGACCGAGAGGUAUCAGACUUCGAAGAGCUCUUCUCCUUGUUCUACAACGCGGAGUCACAAAGUCUCGAGAACCUCCAGGGGUUCGAGAGGAGGACCAGGGAGCAUCUGGCGAGCAUCGAGCGGGUCAUGGCAGACGUCCUCUACGACAUCAACAUCUCGUCAAUCAAGGAGCUCCAGGAACUUCAUGACGCGAGGCAGGACGAGACGGGCCUGACCUCGAGGCUCUACGACGUGAGUCUGGGGGAGGUGCCGCUGCUGGUGGAGCAGCUCCAGCUGCUCAACGUCUCCAUCGAUAAGUUCCGGCAAGACUUCAUGGCUGACGCGGUCGAUGCGUCUAGAAGCUUCCAGAAGCGCUGGGGUGACACCUUGGCAGCCUGCAAGCAGGCUCUCCUAGACAGGAUCAAUGCCAAGGAUGACAGUUUCCUUGCUCGACAGAAGCGCUUGCUGGACGAGGUCAAUGAGUCAAGCUGGAACUCAGUCCAGCUGGAGUUCUCAGGUGCCGCCGACAGGCUUCAAGAGGAGGAAAUGAGCAUGGCAGAGAUCGCCAACGUGAGCGCGAGGCAGUGGAAGGAGAACGAGGAGGUGCUGGAGCAGCUGGAGCAGACGCUGCAAGCGAUGGAGGCUUCCCUGCAGGAUGAAAUGCAGAGCGAGGACGAGGGAGUGAGAAACCUGCGGAGAUACGGCAAGGAGAGCAUCGAGAGCGUGCGAGGCGAGCUGAGAGACCAGCUGGGAAACUUUGCAGGACAGGAGGCAGAUGAAAUGAAGACUUUGAAGGCGAGCCUGAAGAGGGAUCUGGAGAUGCUUGUGGAGCAUGGGAUGCAAGGAAAUCUGAGCAGACUCGUGCAGGUCUGGAAAGAAAAAGGAAGGAAGAUGGGGGAGGGAAUGAACGAGAUGUUGGAGGGUGAGCGAAGCCGCUUGCGAAACUUCCACGAAAGUCUUCGUGAGCUGAGAGAUUCCUUCAACCACUCCUGGUCGAAACUUUCACGAGGCCUGCGAGACCUGAAGAACAUCUCCGCCUCCAAGACCUCGUACCUCUACCAACUGUUGAAGUCCCAGGACGAGCAGACUAACUCUUCCCUCCGCUCCUUCGCUGCCUUCUCCCUGUUGGGGAGGAAGCUAGAGCAGCAGCUGUUGGGAAAUUUCUCCGACCUCAUCCUUCGAAAGAGCCGUCAGAUGAUCUCCAGCUGGACGCGCGAGGAGCAGCAGGAGCUGCUGGAGAGUCUGACAGACCUGAGCAACAGGGUGGAGAGCCAGAGGCUGCUGGGGAUAGAGAAACUGAUGGACUUUCAAUCGAGACUAGAGCAGGCGAAGUCAGACAGCUGGAGUACUUUCAAGCUCUGGAAUAUCUCGGCUGAAGGGCUGAGGGGAGCAGUUGAGAACACAACACUGCGAGAUGUGAUCGCCCAGCUGCACGUGAAGAACUUCUCAGCUGAGGAUUGGAUGCGAAUGGACGGCCUCUUCUUCAACUUCAGCCAAAACCUCCUGGCGACGAUCAACGAUGACAAGCUGAGAAUUUCUCAACACGGCGAGAGCACCUUGAAGUCCCUCCUAGACUCCAUCCGCUCGUCCCUCAACAGCGACUCGUCAGCUUUUCACGCUUGGAGAUCGCAGCAAGAAAAUCGGUCGGACGACUUUGAUAGCCGUUAUGUCAGAUAUCGACAGGCCCUCUCGGUGGCUCCUCCGAUACCCAUCGCGGCCCAUCUCCUCCUCCUGACAGGUCCAACGGCACUGAUUACAGAAGUUGACCUGGGGCAGGAAGAUGAACUUUCCUCAGCUAACGGGAGAUACAGACUCAACAUUACGCACGGCAAGUUGUGGCUCUUCGAUGACUACGGGAAGAUGAAGAUCGAGAAAAUUUUGCCUUCGUCGUCGUCGUCCUCCUCCUCCUGCUACGAAAAGCAGCGCUGGGAGAGGAAUGCUAUGGCUGGGCCCGCCUGUAGGGAGCAACUGGUCUUGAUUGACAAGCUUGGGGGGAUGGUGACUGCGACGCCUGCGAGGUCGGGGACGAGAGCUCCCUACAGACUUGUGCUUAGCGAUGAAGGCGAGCUGAUGGUGCUGGACGGAGAGGAUCGUGAAGUUUGGUCGAACGAGGAGCAUGGGCGACAGGAGGGAGCAGAAGAAAGCAGAGAAGAAGAGAAGAAGAACGACCAGGAGAAGAAGGAAGAGGCAGAGAAAGACAAAGAGGACAAGGACAAGGACAAAGUCAAGAAAGAAGGGAAAGAGCAAGAGGAGCAAGCGAAGGAACUUGAAAUGCCAGCUGAUGUCGGGCUGCUGAACAGUUUCUGCGCUUCCUGGAGGGACUCGCAGGGGCAGCAGAGCGACGAGCUGGCGGUCAUGGCCAAGUGCAUGCAGCAGGACUGCGUGCAGUCGCUCAAGCAGGUCGGCUGCCGGUGGAGGGACACGAAGGGUCUCUGCUACGUGGACAGCGGCCAGCAGUGGUGCCAGCUGCACCCCAACAGCCCAGGCUGCCUUGGUGGCACGGUGAUGCAUGCGCUGUGCUUGUCCUUAUAUCCGAGGUCGAGUAACGAGCUGGAGCAGAGCUGGGGGCCCGUGCAGCACAGGAGGAGGAGCGACGACCAGCAGCGUCUUAGCUGCUCGUGUAUGCGGCGCUGCUCAUACCAGAGCAGCAACAAGAAGUUUCGCUGCGCGCAAGAUUUCACGAAGGUGUGA